AUGGGGACGCAAGCACCCUGCGACUCUACCCCAUGUGACAUGUUGGUUGAUUCGGGAUUGUCUGGCAUCUACCUCCCCUACGAGACGGCUCAGCGUUUGGGACUUAUUCAAGAACCGACCAGUUACAUAUUCACCCCAAGACCGCUACCACCAGACGAUAUCUUCACCCCCAAGACCGCUACCACCAGACGAUAUCUUCACCCCCAAGACCGCUACCACCAGACGAUAUCUUCACCCCCAAGACCGCUACCACCAGACGAUAUCUUCACCCCCAAGACCGCUACCACCAGACGAUAUCUUCAUCCCAAGACCGCUACCGCAGACGUAUCUUCACCCCAAAGACCGCUACCACCAGACGAUAUCUUCAUCCCCAAGACCGCUACCACCAGACGAUAUCUUCACCCCAAGACCGCUACCACCAGACGAUAUCUUCAUCCCCAAGACCGCUACCAGACGAUAUCUUCUCACAAGACCGCUACCACCAGACGAUAUCUUCACCCCCAAGACCGCUACCACCAGACUGAUAUCUUGCACCCCAAGACCACUACCGCAGACGAUAUCUUCACCCCCCAACACCGCUACCACCAGACGAUAUCUUCACCCCCAGACCGCUACCACCAGACGAUAUCUUCACCCCAGACCGCUACCGCAGACGAUAUCUUCCUGCCCCAAGACCGCUACCGCAGACGAUAUCUUCACCCCGGGGCCGCUACCACCAGACGAUAUCUUCACCCCAAGACCGCUACCACCAGACGAUAUCUUCACCCCAAGACCGCUACCGCAGACGAUAUCUUCAUCCCCAAGACCGCUACCACCAGACGAUAUCUUCACCCCAGACCGCUACCACCAGACGAUAUCUUUCAUCUAAGACCGCUACCACCAGACGAUAUCUUCAUCCCCAAGACCGCUACCACCAGACGAUAUCUUCACCCCAGACCGCUACUCAGACGAUAUUCACCCCAAGACCGCUACCACCAGACGAUAUCUUCACCCCAAGACCGCUACCACCAGACGAUAUCUUCACCGCCUACCACCAGACGAUAUCUUCGAUAUCUUCCCCCAAGACCGCUACCACCAGACGAUAUCUUCACCCCCAAGACCGCUACCACCAGACGAUAUCUUCACCCCCAAGACCGCUACCACCAGACGAUAUCUUCACCCCCAAGACCGCUACCACCAGACGACAUUAACCAUAGAUACAAAAUUCUAAUAAAAUGCAGAUCAUUAUGUUCUGCAGAUGAAUAUAUACUACAUAAUGAAGGACAAAUCAGUGUAUAA